AUGGACGACAUCUUCACAAAGUUGGCGCUUCAUACUGCGACUCUGGUUGGCAAAGCGGCUUUUGCGUACAGUACAAAUUAUGCCUUGAAACAAGUUACGAACUAUAUUAAACAUGACGCUACUAACGUUCCUCACGUUGACGCUGCCGAAAUUGAGCGAGUUAAAGAGAACUUGGAGCUUAGUAUACAAAUGGUUCAACCCGCCAUAGAUUUAAUUGAAAUAAUAUCGGCACGUGGAAAUACGACACUAGAACCGACCGUUGCUCACACAACGAUGUUACGAAAGCAAAUCGAAUCAUUUGCACGUACGAUUUCUAAAAACUCUUUUGGAGUCGAUGAGUCAACUGGCACAACGUCCAAAAAGAAGCCUCCUCUGGAACAUUCUAAGGUCAUAAGGGAAAUGAUGGAUCUGAUACAGAAGAUUGAAAAAUUUGUUCCAUAUCUCAACCUCAUUAUGACAACUAGCGGAGCAAAUCUUGGAUGGAGUCUGCCUAAUUCCGUAAGUCCUUCGCGUUUGCUUCAGGCUUCCAAUGCAUUAUAUGAGGCAAAUCGGAGGUUCAGGAGGAAUAACGCCAGACAAACGCGUGUGGGUCCAGUAUAUAAGCUAAAACUGUAUUACAUGUUUACUGGUUCGGUGCGACCAAAAUCCGUAGUCGAUUUUACGUGGAAAGAAGAAUUCACAAAAUGUGAUGCUGUUAUAUAUCGGGUCAGUGACACUUCUGACAAGGAGUAUGCUUAUGAGUUGGUACUUGCAGAAGAUCUUAAUGACGGCAGAUAUCACGAAGAAUUUGAUAUUGACGAUCCAGUUAAGCUAAAAGAAAUUAAGGAUAAGCUUGAUAAACCGAGUCAAAGUAUUCCAGGAAAAGUUCGUCGAAUACCAGUAGGGGAGAUAUCGCGGCUAUACUAUACUUCAUCGGGAUCUCUAUUGAAUAUUGAAGAAUCAAAGACACCGGUACUCGUGCUUAAAGUCAUCAAGGGGCUUUCCAAAGCUCAUUUGAUGAAAGAAGGAACCUCGGAUAUGAUGGAUCCACAUGCGAAUCCAUUAUAUGUGCCUCCAAUGGUACAUACCCAUGAUGAAUCAAAAGAUGUUAAGGAACACGUGGACAGAACCGUUACUUCUUAUUCACGCGAAAGUAUUAGAACGCCUUCACCAAGGAAGAUUCCUCUGCCCGACACGCCAUCACCACGGAAUAUUCCUUUACCAAACACACCAAUAUCAAGGAUCGUUUCGUCUUUACCUGGUACUCCUUCACCAAGCAAUGUAUCCACUCCGAAAACUCUUACCCCAAGAAAGAUUCCACUACCAGUCAGCGAUGGUGAGGAUUCUGACGCAACUUUAAGUGAUGACGAUGAGAAUGAAAUGAGAAAGUCCGAGGACUUUGAGAUAUCUGUUGAACAUCGGAAUCCUGUAAUAAAUGUAGUGCCUGAUAUUGAAAAUGUCAGUAAUAUUCUAAGCACCCGCGGAUCAACAGACGCUACAGAAGUUCCAGAUGCUGGGUUAGGGUUGAAUGGUUUCAACGUACUAGACAAUGAUGACGAUGAGAUGUAUCAAUCUAAUUUAAAAACACUUAGUCUUCUCGAGUAUUUAUUGCGCCUGAGUGCGUUGGAGGUCUGUGAACAAACGAGUCACCUCGAAAUAGCCGACGAAAAGAUUAAUUUGUUUCUUAAAGAUGAUGAUUCUUCUGGAGGAUCUACUAAUACUGCAACGGUUACUGAACCAACUCCACCAGGGACGACAUCCCAUACCUCAAAUCCCGCAGCAUCUAUAGUCAAACCUUCAUCGUCUACAAGAAGAAUGUUGUUCAAAGAAGAUUUGAAUGCAAUGAGAAAUGCAUAA